AUGUGCCGGAUGUGCGCCCUCAUAUCUGAUGAGGCGGUCCUACUGGCCGACAUUUUGCUGCGGCCGCGAAUGUCCUUAGUUCACCAGAGCUAUGCAGCUCGGGAGCGGCGAGCGCUGCCACAAGGAGUGUCACCAAGCAUGGCGUACCAGCAGCCGUGCUUGAACGCCGAUGGCUUUGGCGUGGGCUGGUAUGCACAGCAAGCCCCACUUCCUUGUGUUUUCACUUCUUUGAAACCAGCAUGGAAUGAUCCGAAUCUUCGGAACUUGUCCGAUGAGGUGCGCUCGCCAUUGAUUUUUGCUCAUAUCCGGGCUGCAGGACCGUCCUCAUCGGUGAACGAAUCUGCAUGCCAUCCUUUCAAAGCUGGGCGCUUUCUGUUUGCGCACAAUGGCCUGGUUGGCAAUUUCGCUCAGAUUCGAAGACAGCUAUUGGCGAAUUUAAAUGAGUAUGCUUUUGGUGUCACAUUGGAGCACGCCUGCAUCGACUCGGUUGUCGCAUUCGGGAUUUUCCUGACAGAGCUGGGGGUGACCAGCGAUGAGGAUGCCAUGGCUGAGCGAACCGCGGACUCGCUUUGUGGCCUCGUUUGGUCCCGUUCCAAGAGGACAGUCCUCCGUUUGACGCAAGCAGCUGCAGAGUUUGGGCCAGAGGACUGGCAGCGCAGCGGCCGAUGCUGGUUUCGUCGGUCUUGCGGCACGAUUUUUAGCGGCGUGGCUCGGCAGCUGCGCAUUUUCGGCAGUGAGGAUGUGGUGGGCGUCUCUUUUUCAAAAGCCGUCAGGAUGGCCAGAGAAUCGUUGCAUGUCGCUAUGGCACAGCUCCAGCAGAGGGAGACACGGAGACAACUGAAGCACUUGGUGCCACACUUUACCUUAGCAGCUCGGCUAAAGCGUGGUGUUGGAUCCCGCUGGCUAGCAGAUCCCGAUGAUCCCCAGACCUUCCGAAUGAAGAAGGGGGCCGACAUCAAAUGCUGCACAGCCAUCCUGUCAAGUGAGCCGUUGACUCCGAUUCGGGAAGAGUGGAUGCCAAUCGCACCCAACAGCAUUGUGCUUUGUGGUCGAACUCGUGGUGAGAGCUGGAUCCUCAGCCAGACAAUUGACACCUUGAUGUUCGCCUUGCGCUGUGGCCCUGUUGUGGGUCUGAGCGCCUUGACCGGCGCCUUGGUGAAGAUCCAUGGUGACCCUCAAGUUCCCCCAAAAAUCUAG